AUGACCGUUGAGCCCAUCAGCUCCAAUAUCCGCAGAGCCACCGCUUCGGAUGCUGCCGAGAUUGCAUCUCUCGGGGGCAGCGUAUUCUUUGAGUCGUUUGCCCACUCGAUGCCUGCCCAAGACAUGGACGACUACCUCAAGACGUCGUACAGCACACAACGCAUAGAGAGCGAAAUCCAAGAUCACCAAUCCCAUCUCUUCUACGUCGCUCGCGAUGACAUCACCAAAGAGCUACUUGGCUUCGUCCAGCUCAAUCGCUCCUCUCAAGAGCCGUGUCUCAAGAUCAAGCCGCCAAACACCAUCGAGCUGCAGCGCAUCUAUACACACUCGAAAGCACAGGGACGAGGCGUUGGGUCGCAGCUCAUGGGAAAGGCGCUCAGCUAUGCUGUCGAGCAAGGAUACAAAGCCAUCUGGCUGGGCGUGUGGGAAGACAAUCUGAAGGCACAAAAAUUCUACUUGCAGACGCAUGGCUUUGAAAAGGUGGGCCACCACGACUUCACCAUGGGCAGCUGUGUGCAGACCGACUGGAUCCUGGAACGCUUCCUGUAG